AUGAACCAUUUUAAUAUACAGGCAAGAGGCGAGGGAGGAGGAGAGGGCAAGGAGGAGAGGCAAGGAGGAGAGGGCAAGGAGGAGAGGGCAAGGAGGAGAGGGCAAGGAGGAGAGGGCAAGGAGGAGAGGGCCAAGGAGGAGAGGGCAAGGAGGAGAGGGCAAGGAGGAGAGGGCAAGGAGGAGAGGGCAGAGGAGAGGGCAAGGAGGAGAGGGCAAGGAGGAGAGGGCAAGGAGGAGAGGGCAAGGAGGAGAGGGCAAGGAGGAGAGGCAAGGAGGAGAGGGCAAGGAGGAGAGGGAAAGAGGAGAGGCAAGGAGGAGAGGGCAAGGAGGAGAGGGCAAGGAGGAGAGGGCAAGGAGGAGAGGGCAAGGAGGAGAGGGCAAGGAGGAGAGGGCAAGGAGGAGAGGGCAAGGAGGAGAGGGCAAGGAGGAGAGGGCAAGGAGGAGAGGGCAAGGAGGAGAGGGCAAGGAGGAGAGGGCAAGGAGGAGAGGGCAAGGAGGAGAGGGCAAGGAGGAGAGGGCAAGGAGGAGAGGGCAAGGAGGAGAGGGCAAGGAGGAGAGGGCAAGGAGGAGAGGGCAAGGAGGAGAGGGCAAGGAGGAGAGGGCAAGGAGGAGAGGGCAAGGAGGAGAGGGCAAGGAGGAGAGGGCAAGGAGGAGGGCAAGGAGGAGAGGGCAAGGAGGAGAGGGCAAGGAGGAGAGGGCAAGGAGGAGAGGGCAAGGAGGAGAGGGCAAGGAGGAGAGGGGCAAGGAGGAGAGGGCAAGGAGGAGAGGGCAAGGAGGGAGAGGGCAAGGAGGAGAGGGCAAGGAGGAGAGGGCAAGGAGGAGAGGGCAAGGAGGAGAGGGCAAGGAGGAGAGGGCAAGGAGGAGAGGGCAAGGAGGAGAGGGCAAGGAGGAGAGGGCAAGGAGGAGAGGGCAAGGAGGAGAGGGCAAGGAGGAGAGGGCAAGGAGGAGAGGGCAAGGAGGAGAGGGCAAGGAGGAGAGGGCAAGGAGGAGAGGGCAAGGAGGAGAGGGCAAGGAGGAGAGGGCAAGGAGGAGAGGGCAAGGAGGAGAGGGCAAGGAGGAGAGGGCAAGGAGGAGAGGGCAAGGAGGAGAGGGCAAGGAGGAGAGGGCAAGGAGGAGAGGGCAAGGAGGAGAGAGGGCAAGGAGGAGAGGGCAAGGAGGAGAGGGCAAGGAGGAGAGGGCAAGGAGGAGAGGGCAAGGAGGAGAGGCAAGGAGGAGAAGCAAGGAGGAGAGGCCAAGGAGAGAAGGCAAGGAGGAGAAGGCAAGGAGGAGAAGCCAAGGAGGAGAAGCCAAGGAGGAGAAGCCAAGGAGGAGAAGCCAAGGAGGAGAAGCCAAGGAGGAGAAGCCAAGGAGGAGAAGCCAAGGAGGAGAAGCCAAGGAGGAGAAGCCAAGGAGGAGAAGCCAAGGAGGAGAAGCCAAGGAGGAGAAGCCAAGGAGGAGAAGCCAAGGAGGAGAAGCCAAGGAGGAGAAGCCAAGGAGGAGAAGCCAAGGAGGAGAAGCCAAGGAGGAGAAGCCAAGGAGGAGAAGGCAAGGAGGAGAAGGCAAGGAGGAGAAGGCAAGGAGGAGAAGGCAAGGAGGAGAAGGCAAGGAGGAGAAGGCAAGGAGGAGAAGGCAAGGAGGAGAAGGCAAGGAGGAGAAGGCAAGGAGGAGAAGGCAAGGAGGAGAAGGCAAGGAGGAGAAGGCAAGGAGGAGAAGGCAAGGAGGAGAAGGCAAGGAGGAGAAGGCAAGGAGGAGAAGGCAAGGAGGAGAAGGCAAGGAGGAGAAGGCAAGGAGGAGAAGGCAAGGAGGAGAAGGCAAGGAGGAGAAGGCAAGGAGGAGAAGGCAAGGAGGAGAAGGCAAGGAGGAGAAGGCAAGGAGGAGAAGGCAAGGAGGAGAAGGCAAGGAGGAGAAGGCAAGGAGGAGAAGGCAAGGAGGAGAAGGCAAGGAGGAGAAGGCAUGGAGGAGAAGGCAAGGAGGAGAAGGCAAGGAGGAGAAGGCAAGGAGGAGAAGGCAAGGAGGAGAAGGCAAGGAGGAGAAGGCAAGGAGGAGAAGGCAAGGAGGAGAAGGCAAGGAGGAGAAGGCAAGGAGGAGAAGGCAAGGAGGAGAAGGCAAGGAGGAGAAGGCAAGGAGGAGAAGGCAAGGAGGAGAAGGCAAGGAGGAGAAGGCAAGGAGGAGAAGGCAAGGAGGAGAAGGCAAGGAGGAGAAGGCAAGGAGGAGAAGGCAAGGAGGAGAAGGCAAGGAGGAGAAGCCAAGGAGGAGAAGCCAAGGAGGAGAAGCCAAGGAGGAGAAGCCAAGGAGGAGAAGGCAAGGAGGAGAAGCCAAGGAGGAGAAGCCAAGGAGGAGAAGCCAAGGAGGAGAAGCCAAGGAGGAGAAGCCAAGGAGGAGAAGCCAAGGAGGAGAAGGCAAGGAGGAGAAGGCAAGGAGGAGAAGGCAAGGAGGAGAAGGCAAGGAGGAGAAGGCAAGGAGGAGAAGGCAAGGAGGAGAAGGCAAGGAGGAGAAGGCAAGGAGGAGAAGGCAAGGAGGAGAAGGCAAGGAGGAGAAGGCAAGGAGGAGAAGGCAAGGAGGAGAAGGCAAGGAGGAGAAGGCAAGGAGGAGAAGGCAAGGAGGAGAAGGCAAGGAGGAGAAGGCAAGGAGGAGAAGGCAAGGAGGAGAAGGCAAGGAGGAGAAGGCAAGGAGGAGAAGGCAAGGAGGAGAAGGCAAGGAGGAGAAGGCAAGGAGGAGAAGGCAAGGAGGAGAAGGCAAGGAGGAGAAGGCAAGGAGGAGAAGGCAAGGAGGAGAAGGCAAGGAGGAGAAGGCAAGGAGGAGAAGGCAAGGAGGAGAAGGCAAGGAGGAGAAGGCAAGGAGGAGAAGGCAAGGAGGAGAAGGCAAGGAGGAGAAGGCAAGGAGGAGAAGGCAAGGAGGAGAAGGCAAGGAGGAGAAGGCAAGGAGGAGAAGGCAAGGAGGAGAAGGCAAGGAGGAGAAGGCAAGGAGGAGAAGGCAAGGAGGAGAAGGCAAGGAGGAGAAGGCAAGGAGGAGAAGGCAAGGAGAAGGCAAGGAGAAGGCAAGGAGAAGGCAAGGAGAAGAAGGCAAUGA